UUUUUUUUCUUUUUUUCUUUUAUUUUCAAAUAUCAUGUUCAAUUCUGGAAAUCAUUUAUGGUUAUUCAUUGGUGUUUUAUCCAUUAUCGCCUAUCCUUUAUAUCAUCUUCAUGGGUUAGCUGGAAUAAAUAAAGUAAUACCAUCCGUUGGACGCGAUACCUGUGUGAAAAUAGCCUCACCUGAAAAUUUUUCCUUCUGUGAAGAUAUUGUCCUUGGUAAUGAUGGUAUAGCAUAUGCGUCUUGUGACCCUGCUCGUGCAAAAAGAAACAAGGUACUCGAUUACAAUUAUUUUACUGAAGGUGAAGUUAUUCCAUCUGGUGAUAUUUGGCAAAUCGAUUAUACAACGACUCCUCCAAAAGUCAAAAGUAUUGCUACAAAUUCUCGACCAACUGACUUUCAUCCUCUUGGCCUUGCUGUUGACCCUCAACGAAGAUUUUUAUUGGCCAUCAAUCUUCCAUUUGAAUCCGACAAAUCUUUAAUCGAAGUAUUCACCAUUCAAGAAGAUGGUAGCUUGGUUCAUCAUCAUACUAUUCAACAUGACAAUAUUUAUACUCCCAAUAGUCUUCAUCUAGUGGAUAAUUCAGAAUGGCAAGGCGCUGAUGGUACUCCUUCCUUCUUUUUCUCCAAUGACCAUUACUUUGAUACAAAAUUUCUUAAAUUGAUCGAAAAUACAGCCAUCCUCCCGAUUUCCAAUGUGAUGUUCUAUGAUGCUCGUUCCAAAAAUGCUUAUCCUGUGAUUCAUGGUCUUGCUUUUGCCAAUGGUGUCAGUGGUGACAACUCUACACUCUUUGUAUCUGAAUGCAACAAACGUCGGGUACAUCAGUAUAACCUUACAUUACGAUCCAAUGAAAAAGAUAUCAACAAGGCCGUUCACCUGGAAUAUGUUCAAAAUGUGAAUAUUGAUAUGGCGGUGGAUAAUCUGGAUUUUGAUCCUUCUACUGGAAAAUUGGUGGUCGCUGGACACCCAAAGGGUUUGGAUUUUAUGCAAUAUGCUGUAGCUCGUGACCGGUCAGAUCCUUCUAUUCCUAGAGCUGCUUCACAAGUGGUAUCAUGGACUCCUUCCCAAGGUGAAGUCAAGACUUUAUUUAGUGAUGAUGGUCAUUACUAUGCUGCUUCUACAACUGGUGCUCUAGAUGUUACUCGUCAAAAAUUACUCAUUAGUUCAUUAUAUGAUCAUGGUAUUCUAGUAUGUGACGCAUAGUUUAGUUUUAGAUACAGUACACUUCCAUUUAUCUUUC